GUGGCCACAGCCAAAGUGAAUCAAACAACAAAGAAGAAGAGCAUUCGAGUGUAUGGCCUGCUUACCGACUUUCAUUAUUUUCGCUUUUUUUCAUACGAUCCUGUGCAAGGACGGUUUUACUUCGAUGAAGAAAUUACUGCAGCAGGUAAGCGCGAAUAA